AUGCGUGUUCUUCUAGUAUCCCUUGUCGCAAUCAUCACAGCUAGCAGUUUAGUAUACCAUUCUGGACUAAUUGGCAACCAUAAUUUACCUUCAGCUCCUUCGUUCUCCAUCUUCAACUCCUCACCUGACGACCAUCCAUCCUGGCUCAUCUGGACAAGCUCCGCCGCCCCACUCCGCCUUCGCCGCGAAGUCAUCCGCUCCACCUGGCAGAGCUACUACCACCCCACAACCCCAUUCACCUCCCGGUUCGUAAUCAGCACGCCCAGCGAUGAAUGGCUGCCUGUCAUAAAGCAAGAAAACGACACCUAUGGCGACAUAAUCAUAAUCUCCAACUCAAACCACAACGAAAACGACAAGGAGUUCGCGCGAACACUCAAACCAUUCGACAUGCUAGUCUACCUGCGCGAUCUGGGCCGAAAGUGGGAUUUCGUAACCAAAGUCGACGACGACACCUUCGUCGUCGCGAAUAAAGCGCGAGAUGAUUUCCUAGUCCCGCACCGCGACGCGAAACGCACCGUCAUCACUCGGGUGAUACAGUAUGCGCGUCCGCACGUCUUUCCCAGUGGGCAGUUCUACACACUGACCUGGGACCUGGUUGAGUUGCUCGCGAACCUUUACCAGACCACGACUCGCGAUUUGUUUGCUGAGAUGUCGGGUGGGGGUGCGUACGGGCGUAAGAAACGAGAGCUGGGGAAACGGCAUGAGGAUUUCAUGAUUGCGAAUUUGAUGGUGGAGGCGAAGGAGCCGUUUGAGUAUGUGGAGUUGAGUGCUGCGCAGUCUUUUGAUGUUAUUGAUGUUAAGGGCGGUUUUACCGCCGUGACGAAUCAGGCGGUUAAUGUGCAUCGGAUGAAGAGCGAUGAGGAGUAUCUUUGGGUGGCGGCUAUGUUUGAUGAGAAAGGAUUUAGGGGGACGGAAUUGGCAGGUGUUAAUUAUGAGGAGAAGUUGGAGGGGAGUGCUGCUGAGUUACGGAAGACAUUGGGUAUUUGA